AUGGCCAAUGAUGCUGCCCUGAACACAACCCAGAAUCAAGAAACCCAGAAUGGCGGCUCUUCUUCGAAAGCCGAGAUACCAGAGGCAGAUACUGGCAGCAGUAGCAGUGCAGCUCUCAUUGCUUACGACGUGCAGCGAAUAUCCGACUUUGCAGCUUUAGCCCCCAUGCUGCCGUUGACGAUUCUCAAGUCCAUCAUGGCGUGCAUUCUCUUGAAGUAUCUCAUCGGUUGGAAGAGUGUGCUGGCGGGGGUGGGGACAUUCCUCGUCACCUUUCCAGCCAACAUCAUCAUGUCAGGCAGAUAUGCCGCGGUGCAGAUGAAACUGAUGGCGUUGCGAGAUAGCAGGACAGCAACCACGACUGAAUUUCUACAUGGCAUUCAGCAGAUCAAGCUCUCUGCGCUAGAAGACCAUUGGAAGAGCGCCAUCACGCACGCUCGCAACCUUGAGCUGGCAAGCCAAUGGGUCGUGUUUCUCUGGGAGACCAGCUUGAUCUUUGUCUGGGUGCUGGCUCCAGUCAUGCUGUCGGCUGUCUCACUGGCGACUUAUACCCUGACUCAUGGGUCACUUCCGCCGUCGAUUGCAUUUACGGCUCUGGCAGUCCUCGGCGAGCUCGAGAUCUGGACUGCUCUUCUCCCUAUACUGUCGGUUCAGCUACUGCAAUCCAAGGCGAGUAUAGAUCGCAUUGAAGCAUUUUUGAAAGAUCCAGAGAUGAACAAGCCAGAUGAUGACACGGAGGAUAUUUGCUUCCGUGGAGCGGCCUUGGCUUGGCCGUCAAGGAGAGGUAUCGAGCAUCGAGAAUCCAUCCUCUCGGAAAUCACUCUACGGAUCAAGCCUGGCGAAUUGGCCGUGAUCACUGGAGGGACUGGGUCAGGGAAAAGCUUGAUACUUCAAGGUAUUCUCGGCGAGUGUCAUGUUGUUGAAGGCGCGAUACAACGACCGCAUGCAAUCCAAGACACGACUGGAACUCACUCGGCUCAAGACAAUUGCUGGUUACUAAAAAACACGACGGCUUUCGUGCCACAGAACCCCUGGAUCGAAACUGGUACACUGCGCGAAAACAUCCUGUUUGGCUUGCCCUACAACGAGGGCAGAUAUCACCAAGUCUUGUCUGCCUGCGCGCUGCUGCCAGACCUCAAAGCGCUGUCGGGUGGCGACCUGACAAACCUGGGCUCCAACUGGGUCAAUCUCAGCGGUGGCCAAAAGAUUCGCGUCGCUUUAGCCCGAGCCCUGUACUCGCGUGCUAGCAUUUUGGUCCUCGACGAUAUCCUUGGGGGUGUUGACGUUGGUACGAGACAUCAUCUAGUGCACUUUGCUCUGACGGGGGACCUUGCCCGAGGAAGAACGCGUGUUCUGGCUACGCAUCACUCAGGGGAUUGCCUGCAUUUUACGGACCAUGUCUAUCGUGUAGAGGACGGCCGCGUGUAUGAGGAGGACAAACAGCAGCUCCUGAAGGGAGUUGGCAAGCAGGUUACGAGGGAGCAUCCCAGUUCACGACCACAGCCUGAACAAGAUACACAUGAAGACGAUAUUAGAGGCGCAGAAGAACAAGUCAUCGCGGUCGACGAGGAACGGUCUAGUGGGCCCUUCAAACUUGGAGCACUGACCAAAUUCGUGCAGGCUGGAACCGGCAUUGUCCUGAUCACCAUGAUUGUGGCGACCUCAGGAGCAUACCUGGCGCUAUUCCUCGGAAGAGGGCUUUGGAUUGCUUCGUGGACAAGGACCGCUCAGAGACGGCCCACAAAGCUUGACGUCGUCGUCAACACAUACGUGCGGCAUGGUACGGACCAGCCUCAGGAUAACAUGUUCCAUCUCCAAGUCUAUCUCGCUAUUUCUCUCGGCAUGUGUUUAGUGUCUACAGUUAGAUACUUCGUCCUCCUCAAGGCCAACCUCAACGCCUCGCGCUACUUGUUCGAUCGGAUGCUUGAGGCAGUCAUCCGCGUCCCCCUGGCCUGGUUCGAUACGGUGCCCAUCGGACGCAUCAUAAACAGGUUCACUGCAGAUUUCCAGUCUAUUGAUUCAAAUCUCGGAAAGAACCUUGGCUCUGCAACAUCCGGAGUACUGCAAAUCUUUGGCAUCGUCCUGGCUGCCACGCUAGCGCUGCCCGUCAUGUUUCUGCCCGCCUUGGCUUUGCUGGCCGUUUCGGUGGCCGUCUGCUAUCGGUAUCUAAAGGCAGCACGUGAGAUAAAGCGCUUGGAAGCGGUAGCGAGGAGUCCGGUGUUGGACCUUCUGUUAUCCGUGAGCGAGGGCCUUGCCACGAUCCGUGGAUUCGGUCGAGUUGCGUGUUAUAUAGACAAGAUGCAUCAGGCGGUAGACCGGCGUACACGCGCCAUCUGGCAUCUCUCGCUCUUCAACGCCUGGCUCAGCUUCCGGCUGAACAUGAUCGGGGCCACAUUUGCGACGCUGGCCGCGCUGCUCAUCGUGCGGACCCGAAACCUCGAUGCAUCCGUCGCCGGGUUUGCUCUAAGCUUCGUGCUUCAAUUCACCGCCGCCACAGACUUUGCCCUACGACGCUAUGCCAGCUUGGAACUUGACAUGAAUGCUCUCGAGAGGGUUCUAGAGUUUACCCAAGUCGAGACUGAGGCUGAGACCGAGACUGGAGGUAUCGUGCCUGCCACCUGGCCCACUCAGGGACUCGUGCAGGUGUGCAAUGUCACGGCAAGAUAUAAACCGACCGGCCCGGACGUGCUGAGGAAUGUCAGCUUAACACUUCAGCCGGGCCAACGUGUUGGUAUCGUUGGUCGCACGGGAGCAGGCAAAUCAUCGUUGAUUCUUGCUCUGUUUCGCCUGUUGCAUUUGUCGGCCGGUAGUAUCUUGGUUGAUGGUGUAGACAUCUCAACGAUCCAUCCUGGCAUCCUGCGGAGUCGACUUGCCAUCGUACCGCAAGACCCGAUGCUGUUUUCUGGUACGAUACGUUACAAUCUCGACCCGGACGACCAGUUUGACGAUUCAGAACUGCUGGAUCUACUGCGCUCGGUAUGGCACAGUACAUCACAGCUUCAGAGUAGCAGACCUGACGGGUACGACGACGCUCCGAUUCCCUCACUUGACACCCCUGUUAGCCACGGGGGUGCAAAUUUCUCCCAAGGCGAGCGCCAGCUCCUCCAUCUCGUUCGAGCUCUCAUCCAGCGGCCGAAAGUUCUCGUUCUCGACGAAGCCACUUCCGCUCUUGACUUGCACACUGAUGAGCACAUUCGGCGCAUUCUUCAUCCAGAAUACAUCCGUCGAUAUCUGAGAGGCCUGGAGAUGAGUGUGCUUGUCGUAGCGCAUAGGCUUCGCACGGUGGCCGACUUUGAUCAGGUCGUUGUUUUGCAAGACGGCGAGGUGGUCGAGACCGGGAGGCCGAGAGAGCUGCUGGGGGACAUGAUCAAGGACCAGAAGCAACAGACUUCUGCAGACCGACGCGGAACAGGGACACAGAGACGAGGGUACUUUGGACGGUUGGUUCAAGAGAGUGGGGACCAGCAAGUUAUUAAGCGUAUUGCUGAAGGGAAAACUAUGUAA